ACAUCGUCAGCAUCGCCGACAAGUGCCGCACAUGCCAGCAGAGUAGGAGAUGUCCACCAAGAUCAACAAUGGUCUAUUCAUGGGAGACAUUGAUGCCGCGCAAGACUCUGAGUUCCUCAGUUUGAACGGGAUCGAGUUCAUUGUGAACUGUGUGCCACGCGAAGUCCCCAACGUGUUCGAGUCGGAAGGCAUUCGGUACUUUGCAUGCGACAUGGCGGAGCAGCCUGAAGGCAUCCUGUUUGACUUGCGCAAUGCAGACUUCGUCGACCUUAUCGACUUCAUUGACCAUGCGGUGCAGUCUAGCCUGAGUCUCCUUGUGCACUCCCUCGACGGAAUGUCACGCAGCCCAUGCGUCAUGAUGGCGUACUUGAUGUCCAAGUACCAUUGGAGUCUGGACAAGGCGUACGAGUACGUCAAGAUGAAGCGGCCGGACAUUGCGCCACACAACGCGUACUUGGACCAGCUCGCCAUGCUCGACGCCCAGCUCCAAAAGAAACAUCGAGCGCCGGAGAAGAAGCGCAACGAAUGGGAUCCCGCCCACACUGAUCCGAAAACGGACGAGCUCGUCCUGGUCAACACGUUCCUAAAUGUCACCAACGGCAUCGCGCUACCCCACGACUCGGCGCCGCGCAAGCUCAAGAAGAAGCGACUCGUUUGGAUCGACUUGUGCCCCCACAUCCGCAAAGGCAAUCCCCACUACGACUUUACCAAGCUCGAACGUCCUCCCAGCGCCUCGUACAGCUCCCUCAUCGCCGGCAAUGGUUGGGUUGACACUGAAGCCGCUCCAAUGAGUCAACGGCCGUCGACAUCCCCUGCGGCAUCGCGCGUCGCGAUGGAAUCGCGCGCCGUGCACGACGUCGAUCUCUCGCUGUCCGAGGACGAGGAGCACGAGAGACUGACCGACCCGAAGGAGGACGAUUCGUGGGAUUUGUCCUUGUCCGACCCGGGCAUGAGCCAUGACACCGACUUUGACAAGCCCUUGUCGUCGUGGGUCUCCGCACGACAGGUGCCGCCCCCAAAGUCCGUACAACAGCCCGACAAGCGCGUUGUUCACGACUCGAUGCCUUUGUUUGACAAGCAGCAGCAGCAUGAACCGGAACAGCCCCGGCAAGUCUUUCAGCCGCCGCCGAUGCAGCACCGAUCGUCGUUUCCAAGCCAUCACAUCAAACUGUCCAAAGCAGCACCGGCGGCCCCGGCGUCGUACCAGCUACACGACGACCUGUCCCAGAACCAGCACAGUCCGACCGAAAAACCCGACGCGGACGCGUUCAAAUCCAGCGCCAACAGGGCCAACAACAACCAUCCUCGCUACCUCCAGCACACUAAGUCCUCGCGCAAUGCCAAGACCAUGAAAGCGUCGCAAGGUCGGUAUGCCAUGCCAGUCGUUGUCGAAUCCAGCGUGGCGUCGGUCGGCUCUGGCGUCGCCAGCACUGCGGUGCCAAUGGCAUGUCGUGGGAUGCCGCCCAAGCGCAUGUCGAAAUCGUCGUGUGGGGUGGAAGGUCCUGCCGACACCAGUCGAAGCGACUCAACGUCGUCGACUCGUCUGCCUACGACCGCCACCUCUGGGUCCAAACAGGGCAUGCGAACUUCUGGCCCAUUGCCUGCUUCGUCUGCCAACAACUCGGCCGCCGUCCGACCCAAGACGGCACCUCCGUCUGCAGGCGUUGCCAAUUACAGACUGACCACCUCUAAACCGACCUCCACGACUCCACCGAUGCCGUCAGGAAUCAAAAAGAAGCCCACAAUGACAACCGCCCCGCCUGCCAAGCAGCCACGUCCACCGGCACCCAAAGGAUCGACCAACCAUGCGACCGACCUGUUCAAGAAGGUCCCACCGCCAGACACCAAGGCGCCACCGCAUAUGCCCGCGACCAACCUCAUGCCGCGGCGCGCGUCGUCGGCAAAGUGGCGGUAAACGACUCUUUAACUCGAAAAGACUAAAGAUCCUCGCGGCAUGCUGGUAUAUUGAAACGCGACGACGCGAUCGACCCGUUUUACGCAUCGGGCUGAAAGUCUGGGUUUUUGCGCAAGAUCACGAUGCCUUCUAACACGUUCGUGAG